CGGCUCGUUUUCACGUCAGGUGACCGCGUGCUCCUGGGGUGCUCACGUCCGGGAGCGCCUCCGAUUUCGGUCACCCUUCUCACCUCAGGCAGCCGCUCGAGCCCUUAGGAGCUGCGGCUGAGAGCUCUGGGCGACGGAAGUUGUUGGGGUGCCGUGGGAGCACGGGGUCGCCCUCUGGGGCCCUGACGGCGCGGGGUGACCCCUGGGCCGGUCGUGAGGGCUGUGACCGCACCGGGACCGAGGGAAGGCUCUGCAGAGGAAGUGGCCAGGCCUCUGAGGCGUCUGACGUCCAGCACUGGGCGGCACCUGGGUUAUCUGAAUUAGAGUGCCCCCAGUAGAGCCCAAAGCAAAACCAACUGCAGUAAUCAAAGGAAUUCAUUAUCUGAAGGAAAACUUGUAUAACGUCAGAAAUAAUGUUAGUUGACUUGUUCAUCUCCAGGGAAAUAGGGGAAGAUGCGCCUGGUGUAAUAGGCCUUGGCAGAGAAUGAGAAUUCAAGUGCCUGGGUUCCUGCCACCCAUGGGGGAGACCUGGACUGAGAUCCUGGCUCCUCACUUCACCUUGGCUCAGCUCUGGCUGUUGCAGACAUUUGAAAUCCAGCACCAGGUGCAUCUUCCUGACAUGGCCACCACUGCCUCCUCUUGGCCACUCACCACGGAGGGUGACCGUACUGGGAACAGCAGCUUCUUCUACGACUAUGACUACCUGGACGAGGUGACCUUCAUGCUGUGUAGGAAAGACGCCGUGCUGUCCUUCAGCAAGGUCUUCCUGCCGACCUUCUACAGCCUGCUCUUUGUGUUGGGGCUGGGCGGGAACCUCCUCCUUCUGGUGGUCCUGCUGCGUUACGUGCCUCGCAGGCAGAUGGCUGAGGUCUAUUUGCUGAACCUGGCCAUCUCCAACCUCCUGUUUGUGGUGACACUGCCCUUCUGGGCCAUCUCUGUGGCCUGGCAUUGGGUCUUUGGGAAUUUCUUGUGCAAAAUGAUGAGCAUUCUCUAUACCACUAGCUUUUACAGUGGCAUCUUUUUCAUCAGUUGCAUGAGCCUGGACAAGUACCUGGAGAUUGUCCAUGCUCAGCCCCACCACAGGCUAAGGACCCGGACCAAGAGCCUGCUCCUUGCUACCCUCGUGUGGACUGUGUCCCUUGCCAUCUCCAUCCCUGACAUAGUCUUUGUACAGAUCCAUGAGAAUCCCAAGGGCGUGUGGAGCUGCUACGCAGACUUCGGCGGCCACGCGACCACUUGGAAGCUCUUCCUCCGCUUCCAGCAGAACCUCCUGGGGUUCCUCCUCCCAUUUCUUACCAUGAUCUUCUUCUAUUCCCGCAUUGGCUGUGUCCUGGUCCGUCUGAGGCCUCCGGGCCGGGGCAGAGCACUACGGAUGGCUGCAGCCCUGGUAGUAGCCUUCUUUCUGUUCUGGUUCCCGUACAACCUCACCUUGUUUUUGCACUCCUUGCUGGACCUGCAAGUCUUUGGGAACUGCCAGGUCAGCCAGCAACUGGACUAUGCACUUCAGGUGACAGAGACGUUUGCCUUCCUUCACUGCUGCUUUACCCCGGUCCUUUAUGCCUUCUCCAGUGGCCGCUUCCGCCAGUACCUGAAGACCUUUCUGGCUACUGUGCUGGGACGGCAUCUGGCACCUGGCACUGCCCAGGCCUCGCUGUCCAACUGUUCUGAAAGCAGCAGUGUUACUGUCCAUGAAGAAAUUACUGGCAUGAGUGACCUUGGGAAGAGGCAGGCCGAGGGCUUUCCUAACAAGGAAGGCGUGAGGAAUAAUUAAUUCCGAGUGGCUAUGACACAGUCUGGUAGAGCAGGUAGUACCUGGCUCUGUUGGGCAACCCACAAGGGCCUCAACGUCCAUGUUGUAAACGCAGGGCUCAGCUAUCAGUUCUUGGCCAUCAGCAGCAUUCCUCCCUGCCUCCUCCUUCUUUCUUGACACACUUCCCAGGCUCUGCACUCUCUUCCCUAAACUUGUGCAGUUAGCUUCUCUACUGAUCUGUGUGCUUCCUUUAAUUUCUCUUGCCUAUUUGUUACUCUGUACCCAGCAGCCAGUGUGGCCACAGAACCUUGGAUUUUCCCUCUCACCUCCUGCAUGGUGACCUCCCAAGUCUCUACAGCGACCCUUCCAGGAUGAUGUCAUCAUCUCCCUGCCCUGCCUCAUCCUCGCGUGGCUGCUUUGGCCUCCCAGCUGUAUCGCAAACAUCCCAGGCUCAACCCUGGGCAACUCAAGCUGCGUCCUCUUCCUGGACUGCUCUCCCCAUGGUACCUGUGUGACUCUCCUCAGUUCUUGGCUAAAUUGUCACCUCACUCAGAUGUUCUCUGGCGACUCUCCUUGACAACACCUGCCUUCCCUCCAUGCUCCUGGUCUUCUCUCCUUUGCUUUACUUCUGAUGUUUUCAACACUGCUGAUGAUUUCUUAACCUGUUUGUUGUACUAAUAGUCAUCGUCCCCAGCCCCGUAUUCCAGGAUGGCUCCCCGGUAUGAGGAUCUUGCUGUGUGGCUCAGUGCUGUAUCCAGGUCCCUAACAUGGGACCUACCUAGUGUGUAGAAGUCUUUCAGAAUGUACCUGUGGGAUGUCUAGGUAGAAGAAGGAACACUGUUGUGUUAGUUGGGUUUCCAUCAUUAUAACGAAAUACCUGAGAAAACCAAGUAUAUAAAAAGCAAAGCUUUAGUCAGCUCACAAUUGGCAAGUUCAAGUCCAAGCUUGGGUUUUGACCUCUGAUGCAGGCAGUGGUGGAGAGGAAUGGAGGGCUGGAAGAGGAAGGAUCAUGUGAUGAAAUAAGAUGCAGACCUGAGGAUGGAGCCCCCUCACCAACAACCAGCUUGCAAGAAAUACCUUCCAAGGGCAUGACCUUAGUGAGCUAAGGACCUCCUGUGAGGUGCGUUUUCUAGACACCACCAUUGGAUUAAGCUUUGGCCACUAAGUAUCAUCAACCGUAGGACUCUGAGGUUUAAAUUCCUGCAAGAGUUGGAAGUCAGGUUACAAUCAGAUUGUAGUAAAUUUCACUGAGGUAUUUCUAGGGAAGAAGAGCCUUAGGCCUUCCACCCAGAAGGCUGCCCCCUUCCCUGAAGCUCAGCUCCAGUGUUGUUCAAAGAACCUUCUUCAUAACCUUGAGGUGGCUCCCAUUUGGCAGGCAGAAGGAGCAGCCCAGAAUUUCAUACAGUCUGCAGGAGGAAGGCCUGGACCUGGACCUGCCCCAGAGCCUCCAGGUCUCCCUGAGGCCAGCCAAGACCCAAAUCUGUCUGAUUCCAAGUCUAGGGCUUUGCAAAUAGAAUUCUACACAUCCUCCUACCAUUAUACUCUUCUAUUCCCUUUUCAUAUCCUGGACACCAGGCACCCUUUGCAGUUUUUGGCACCUUCCUACCUCUAUGCCUUUGCUCCUCUCUGCUCCCUUGUGCAGUUGGGAUCAUUUCAAAUCAGUCAUCCUUUCAUCAUUGUCUUGUGAGAGAAUUCCAUUUGCUAGGGGGAAAAAUCACUCCUGGGUCCUACAGCCCUAUGCUUUGGGUGCAGAUUGGGUGGAAUACAGAAUGUAGGCAUGUUACAGCCUCACAUUUCCCUAGACAUAAUCAUUCAUCGGGGGAUGGCAUGUGACUGGGACAGAGCCAGUGACUAGAACAUACUGGAAAACAGGCAUGAAACUGAAGCUAGGAGGAGCUGAGGUUAGGAGCUGCUGUUUCAUGAACAUGAACUCUUAGGCGAAGGUGCAUCCACAAGGCUCUGGGGCGCCAACGUUUCUUGGCUCAGAAUCAAGGUGUGGCUGAAGCUCAACCAGAUCCUGGACUGACCAGUUACAUGAACCGAUAAAUUCCUUCCGACAUGUGUUUGUGUUCCUGUUAUUUACAACCUCAGGCUGCUUCCUGCAUGUUCCAAUCAGUCUGAGUAUUUUUAUCUUCGUGUCUCCAAUA